AGCAAAACUGAAGGCUAAACUGAAAAAGGGUGCUACCAAACAGCCACGGAAAGAAAGAGCCUCAAAGACUAAGGCAAAGAAUGACCUACUUGAGCUUCAUAGUGAGACACAGCGCCUCAUUAGAGAAUCAAAAGUCAACCUUCCAUACCAUCAGCCAGUUUCAAAGUCCCUCAACGUCUUUCUGGAUCGAGCUGCCCGCAAACAGCAACAAUACCGGGCUUUGCUUUCGUGUGCAACUAAUGAGAAACUGAAAGUAAAGUUUGUCCAAGACACUAUUGAGAAUGACUCCGUUAUGUUCAGAUCUGUCUCCUAUGCCGAAAACAUCGACUCGUUAUUGAAAGAAACUGAAUCAGUUGAUGAUGGCAAUGAGGCCAGUGAACAGUCUAAGACAACAGAUGGUAGUGUGUCUAGUCAGGGAGUUUCUUCCUUGUCUUGUACUGGCACCAAAGGCUUGGAACCUUCAGUAAACAAGAAACAGGGUGAAAAAGCUAUAGAUUGUGAUGAUGAUGAUGAUGAUGAUGAUGAACUGGAUGAGUUACCAGAUCUUUUUGUCAGGGCCAAAAAUCUUUUAUCGAAAAAUACAGAAGAUGACUCUAACCACCUCCCUGAUAUUCCUGUUGAUUCAGAAAAUGUUUCAUUUGACCAUAGCCAGACAUUGGUGGAUAAGGUUGUUGAAGAAGAAGAAGAAAAAGUAGAAUGUAAUAACAACAAUGGAGAUGGUGUUGAUGACGGUAGUCAAAAUAGUAAUGUUAAUAGAGAGCCGAUUACAUCAAGUAGUAAACCAAUGGACAGUAGCACUAAUAACAAUUCUGGCUGGGUUGUUGACAGUAAUGGUAUAAUGCAAACUGAUGACCCUUUCAUGGAUGAAUUGCUGUGUUCAGAUCUUAACAGUCAGGCCCAGACAGCGUACACUCCAUCACUUCAAAUACAGACUCAAACGCCGCUUUCUGCUGAGCUAGUGGCAACAACACCACCACCACCACCACCACCACCAACAGCUGCAGCAGUUGUAACAACAAAAAGCCAGGCAACAGAAUCAUCAUUAGAUACAGAGAUUGUUGCAAGUAGAGGAGAGACCAGCCAAAAGUCAAUGAAAAAGUGCCUACCUUUAGAAUUGCUUGGCUCUGAUGUUUGCAGCUUCACUCCAAAGUUGAGUGGUAGUUUGACCCAAGCUAUCAGUUUGGAUGGUGAUGAUGAUGAAGUUGAAGAACCUCGUGGUAAAGAUCUACUCAUGCAGAGAUUAUUAAAGUGCACCAAUGUCAAUAAGGGGCGGAAACACAACACAGAAGUUAAUAUCAGUAUUGUUGAGAAAGAAUGCGAUGAUAAUCAGAAAGAAAAUCUAAAGUUGACUACUGUUACAUAUCACAUGGAUUCUGAACUCAGUCAGCAAAAUGAAAUCCAGUUAAACAAACCUGGUUCCAAACUGAUGGCUCUCAAGAACCACCUGGCAAAGCAGAUUUGGAUAAAACGGGGAGAAAAUAGAAAGAAGCGCUGUGAUCUGUAUAAGUUAGAUAAUGAAGAGGUUUAUGAUAACCUGAAAGACGAUGAGGAUGAAGCUGAACUGACAGAUGGUUCUGAUUCUGUAGACUCUGAAACUGAAGACAAAGAAGAGGAAGAAGGGGAUGAAGAAUAUGAUGAAGAAGAAGAAGAAAUGCUAAGUUACAAAGAAAAGCGGAAACCAGUGUGUACAAAUUCUUUUCCUUUUUUUUCUUUUUCUGCUCUUUUUGUUCCCUGUUAUCCUUGGUUGAGCAGACCUAAGGUCAAAGGAGAAGAUGAAGAUGAGAAUGAUGAUGACGAUGAAGAAGGUGACAGGGAGCAGUUUGAAAAAGAACCGAAAACCAAAGACGAUAAUGAUAGUGCUGAUGAAAGUUUUGACUUCAAUCUUGAUCAGUCUGAUGAGGAUUCUGAUGUACCGAUUAGCCAAAACCUAAGUAAAAAGAGAAAAGCUCAACUUGAAGCUGAUGAUGAUGAUGAUGCUGAUGAGAAAAAGAACAUCAUGAAUGACUCUUUUGUUAUAAGGAAACCUAAUGAUUCUGGCAAACCUCUCUUUCCCAAAACCCCUUCAGAUGUUUCAUGCAAAAGUUUAAAUAUUUCGGCUGAAGAAACUCAGGAUUUGUACAAGAGUUUUGGUGAUUUCCAAUCUCCAGAAAUGAAUUCAAACAGCUUGAAGUUUCCUAUUGAUUCCCAAGCAUCACCUAUGCUGGAUGAGCAAGGAUUUCUGCGAGUUAAGUCUUUGGGUGCGACGACCCACAAGCCUAAGCGUUCAGCACUGGACUCAUUGUGUGAUACUCAGGACAAUAUGGAUGAUGUUAUUGGAUUAUGCUCUGGACAGUUUGCAGAAGUGAAUAAAUGUGGAAAAUUCUCCUGGAACAAGAAACCUGAAAAUAAAUAUUUCAAUUCUGGAGUCAGUGUGGAUGGUGAUGGUGAAGGCUUUGGAACCUUGAAGUUAUUGUCUGAUGAUGAAGAUAGCAAUCGUGGAAGUGGCAAGGAAGAUGAUAAUGACACCGAUGUUCUAAAUGAAAGUGAUGAUGAUGACGAUGGUUUCAUUGUUGAUGGUGGUGGAGGUGAUGAUGAUGCUAGCGUUAAUAAUGUAAACUCUGAGAAGGAAGAGGAUGAAAAUGGCAGCACGCAAAAAUUCUCAGGAUUCACAUAUGGAAACACAUCUAAGAAAAUCAGAAGGGAAUUUUUGGAAGAUGAAGCUGAACUCUCAGGGAGUGAAUAUGACAGUGAUGAGAACGAUAAUCUGGAUGAUGAAUUUGACGUGAUGGAAGAGGAGGAGGGUGACAAGGACGUCACACUUGAUAAUGAUGAGCUUCGUAACCAGGUCGGCAGAGUGCAUCUUAAGAAGAUGAUUGAUGAUGAUAAACGGGAAGUGAUGAAAUUGCAAGAGAUGUACCUUCCUGAUGGUGACCUCUAUUCUGAAGGGGCCGGCAGGAAACGGCAGUUUAGAUGGAAAUACAUUGAUGAAAACUCACAGCAAGAUAUGUUCCAUCAUGAAUCGGAUAAGGAAGAAAAUGAGGAAGAAGAAGGAGAUGAUCUGAAGUGGAGAGUUGAGAGACACAACCGUGAGAAAUGGUUGGCUGAAAAUGUGCCUGAAAAAACUGAAGCAGAUUCCCAAUUUCUUAAAUUUGGUCAGGCGUUUUUUAAACAGAAAGGAAAACAGCUUGAUAAAAGAGACAGUGAGUCGAAGAUUGUCACCAAAGUUCCGAGCCGAACAAUAGAAAGAAGUAGGAGUUUAACAACCAAGGGUUCAUUCCUCAACCGAAGCAAUGACUGCCUGGCCAAAAUCGCAGAGCUAACCAAACCUGUCUCCAAUCCAACCAUAGCCAAUAAGGUCAAUGGCCGCAAUUUUGUCUUCUCUGUGGUCAAUGCUGAAGAAACUUCAACCCCUCUUUUCAGAAGGCCAUUGGACAUGAAGACUUAUGUAAGAAUGGGUCCUAAAUCUGUGAAAAACAAAGCCAACUCCACUCCAAAUACUCACCCGACCAAGAAGCAAAAAAUUGAGGUUGUGAAGAGGUCGUUUUCUGCAUCCAGUGUUUUCCAUCACAUUGAUUAAUAGAAGCGAUUCCGAGAAUCUUACUAUCUACCGUCAUGUCCAAUUUUGGAUCUGCUUCUGUAAUUAACUCGUUAAUUUACGGAUCCAUUUCUGUUUCAACUCAUCAAUCCAAUUUCAUUUCAUUUCAUUUUAUAGAUUAAAAGAAGACUAUACUUGUUGAUAUGUUGGAGUAGGGAGAGGGGGAAUGCUGUGAAGUAGAAGACACCUGGAACGUUUCCUAAUUUACUGCAGGUUAUUAACACAUAUGUCUGUGUUCUUGGUUGCUGAGAUUAUUAAGAUGUUUCUCUCCAUCUUGGUUUUCUGUGAGGUGAAACAGAGGACAACUUGUUGAUUGCAUGUUAUUUAAGAAGAUUAAAAAUAUAUCUCUCUCUCUCCAUACAUUAGCCAUACAUCUAAUAAAUAUAUCUAUCAUUGGGAUUCAUUCAUUUUCGACAAAAAUUAUGCCAACUCAAGUCUUCCUCUAUUCUAAACCAACAUCUCCAUCUUUGGAAAUGAGGGAACAGCUUUCUUUUAUUUCUCUUCCAGAUCAACCUUUAUGAUAUAUAUAUAAAUGUAUAUGAUAUAUAUGAAUUUAAUUCUUUAAUAUACAUAUAUAUUACAUAUGUGUGUAUGUGUUUGAAAUAUUGUUUUUCGAAGCAUGUCACAUAAAACUCUAAAUAAUAGCAUGUAAAUAUUGGUUUGAAAAACCACUUUGGGUAGGAAAAGUCAAAGUCUCUCUUUACAAAGGGGUUUUUCAGCUGAAUUAUUUAGUUGCUAUAAUUUAUAGCUUUAUGUGAUGUGCUUUGAGGACCAGUGUUCCAAGUAACAAUUGUUUCAUAUUCCUUUCAAAAUUAAUAAAAUUCCUGUAACAUCAACAAAACACACACUCACACACGUAUACAGUGGUAUCGACCAGAUUAUUGGAUGUUAUAUUCUGAUAGUCACAAUGCAUUUAACAGUGUUUUAACUUUUGAGUGAUACCACCUUACUGCCUAGGCAGACAGACCAAUAUAUAUAGCUGUGUGUGUGUGUGUGU